CACGCAUUAAAUUGCUUUUCAUUUCCGCGCUGUGACAGUCCUAUGAUUCGGAGGGGGGGAUUUACGCAUAUAUUUUUUUUCCUCCCUUUUGUUUUUUUUUUUUUAAUUUUUUUGUAUGAGGGGGAGAACUGUCCACACUAUAUGGUAAUUGUUUCAUAAUACGUCCAUCGCUGCAGGGUAUGCGCUGGUUUGCACCAACCAAGAUCAAGUUCCACUAGUUGAAACGUUGGUGGGACGGAGAGGGGAGGAAAAAAAGAAGCUACAGAGGAUAUCGGAUGACCAAAUGCAGAGCUGCAGAAAAAAAGACGGGAUCGGAUUCUCGCAUCCAAAGCUGGAGGAACAUAUCCACUGAUCUCCGGUCGAUUUGGACGCACUGGCAAUUCAAAUAAAGAGACCUUGGGCAGAUCUAUACAUAAACUGGUACAAGCCGCACCACUGGCAGCAGACAAGGGGGGAUUCGUGCCUCUCUCCUCCGCUGCUUCGCCAGUGCGCAUGGAUGAAAGUCACAGUUAAAAUGCAUGCGGCAAGUCUUGUCUGAUGUGGGAUUACCGCGGUUUUAGUCGCUCCCUUUCUUCAACCAUGUUCGAACUUUGGUUUUGGCUCUUUUUCCGAGAUGACACUGCUGAUUUCAGUCGCUGCUGGAAGAAUACGGGAGCCCGUUUUGCCGCUCUGGCUGUCACGUUAUUGGCGUGAAUGAGACUGUAGGCUGUAUGUGCGCUUCCAUGCCUGAUUUAUGGAGCUAAACACCGAGGAGACUUGACUAGAUUUUUUUUAUUUUUUUUUAUUUUUUUGGUACGAGAGAAAAAAAAGCAGCCAGGAGAAGGGCGGACGGUGAAAUCCAUGUUCUCAAUGAGGUUGGAGCCGUGAUUUUUCGGGAUGCUUUGGUGUUUACCGGGAUCAGCACGAUGACACCUCAUACUGGUACCACACUUGAGUGAGCUGGGGCAUCCUCUCCCAGGAAAAAUGCAUAUCUGGAUCCUAAAAAUAAUCCUUCUGAUUGCAUCAUCUCUGAGGCUGGUUGAGAUGUAUGACAAUUAUGGGGAGAUCUGCCGAAACCUGUGCACAUGCGAGGAGAAGGAAGGGAUCCUGACGGUGAGCUGUGAGAACCGGGGCAUCAUCAGACUGACAGAGAUCAGCCCGGUCCAUUUCUCCAUGUACCACCUCCUGCUGACGGGGAACCUCCUGAAGAAGCUGUCAGUCAAUGAUUUCAUCAAUUACACCGGGGUGACCAUACUGCACUUGGGGAACAAUGAUAUCUCCGAGAUCGAGUCGGGUGCCUUCAAUGGACUCCAGGGAUUAAAACGGUUGCACCUGAACAACAACAAGAUCGAGGUUCUGAGGGAUGACACCUUUGCGGGGCUGGAGAGUUUGGAAUACCUACAGAUUGAUUACAAUUACAUCACCAAUAUCGAGCCCAGCGCCUUGAGCAAACUGCACCAACUGACAGUGAUGAUUUUGAAUGACAACCUCCUCUCCGCCCUGCCUCCCAACAUCUUCCGGAAUGUCCCCCUCACGCACUUGGACCUGAGGGGGAACCGGUUGAAAAUGUUCCCCUACAUUGGCCUCCUGGAGCACAUGGACAAAGUGGUGGAAUUACAACUGGAGGAGAACCCGUGGAAUUGCUCCUGCGAGCUCAUCGCUCUCAAGGCCUGGCUGGAGAGCAUAGCCUACACGGCUCUGGUGGGGGAGGUGGUCUGCGAGACGCCGUUCAGGCUCCACGGUAGAGACUUGGACGAGGUGUCCAAGCAGGAACUCUGCCCGCGAAGACCCCUCGAAGACACGGUGAGGCCUGCACCCCCUAGCAGCACCAAUGGAUAUUACCAGACCACGCCAGCUGCUGUCACAGCCUCUGCCACCUCUUCGGCUGUUUUUAGGUCCUCCUCUAGGCCUACCAAGGGCACACGGCAAUUUAACAGAACUAGGUUAAAGCCCACUUCUCGAAUACCAGGCGGUAACCCGUACAACUAUGGCCCCAUCAUUGCUUUUCAGACCAAAUCUCCUGUGCCUUUGGACUGCCCCACUGCCUGCACAUGUAAUCUGCAGAUAUCUGAAAUUGGGUUAAAUGUCAACUGCCAAGAGAGAAAGAUUGAAAGCAUUUCUGAUCUCAAACCCAAGCCAUACAAUCCGAAAAAAAUGUAUCUCACUGGAAAUUACAUCCCUGUGGUGCGGAGAUCCGAUUUUGUCGAUGCCACUGGAUUGGAUUUGCUUCACCUGGGAAACAACAGGAUAGCUCUGAUCCACGACCGGGCUUUUGGGGAUUUAACCAACCUACGUAGGCUGUAUUUAAACGGUAAUCUCAUGGACAGGCUUACAGGAGAGAUGUUUUUUGGUUUGCAGAACUUACAGUAUCUUUAUUUAGAGUACAACAAAAUCAAGGAGGUGGACGCGGGCACUUUCCGCUACCUCCCUAAUCUCCAGCUGCUUUUCCUCAACAAUAACCUCCUGAAAACUUUACCCGUGGGCAUCUUUUCCAGCCUGUCCCUGUCGAGGCUUAAUCUGCGCAACAACCACUUCCAAAACCUGCCCGUGAGCGGUGUUUUAGAUCAGCUGAAGCUGCUGGUGCAGAUAGAUCUGUUCGAGAACCCCUGGGACUGCUCCUGCGACAUAGUGGGGAUGAAGAUAUGGCUGGAGCAGCUCAGCGCAGGCACCGUGGUGAACGAGGUGGUGUGCGAGACGCCCAAACGCCACACGGGACUGGACGUUCGCUCCAUCCAGUCGGAGCAGCUCUGCCCGGACUACUCCGACGCUUACGUCUCACCGACUCCCCCUACGGACGAGCCCAGGGAUGACCUGGUCGUCACCACGGACGCCCCGCAGAGGUUCAACACCCCCAGCAGCACCGUGCCCCUCUCCGUCCUCAUCCUCAGCCUCCUGCUUGUUUUCAUCAUGUCUGUCUUUGUGGCCGCUGGGCUCUUUGUGGUGGUAAUGAAAAAGCGCAAAAAGUCACAGAGCGACCGCACGAGCACCAACAACUCAGAUGUCAGCUCUUUCAACUUGCAGUACAGCCUCUACAGCAACCGCUCCGGCCCUAAAGUCAAAGCCCCGGCCGGCCACGUCUACGAGUAUAUUCCUCAUCCCAUGGGCCACAUGUGCAAAAAUCCCAUUUAUAGGUCACGUGAAGGGAACACGGUCGAGGAUUACCGUGACCUCCAUGAGCUCAAGGUCACGUACAGGAGUACCCCGGAUGAGGAGAGGGACAGUAGCACGAUGAGGAGCCCUACGUACAGCGUUAGCACCAUCGAACCGAGAGAAAACCCUUCCCCUGUCCAGGAUGCCGACCAUUUCUUCAGAGGCAUCCUCGAGCCGGACAAGCAGUCCCCCCAUCAGUCCAUCCCCUCCAUCCCAGGAGGGGCCAAUUUAGAGUACAAGUACACAGGGCCUGUGUCGUACACAUACAACCCAAAUUUUGAUGUCAGACGUCAGUUCUUGCACCCGGAGAGGAUAAGAGAAACAAUGCUCUAUGGCACAGCACCCAGUACUGUUUAUGUCGAGCCCAACAGGAACGAAUACUUGGAGCUAAAAGCUAAACUGCAGUCUGAGCCCGAUUACCUCGAAGUUCUUGAGAAACAGACCACCUUUAGCCAGUUCUGAGGAACAGAAUCAUUAAUGUAAUGAAGCAUUUUCUCUCUUGACCCCUCCUUGAAGCAGUGGCUCAGUCUAUAGGGUGCCUUGGCACGACACAAACACAAGCGAAAUCGAAGGAGUUCAAACGGGGUGUGCCGAACAAUCUUAUUCUUAUUUCUGAAACAUGACAUUACAGGAAUGGAUACAGCUUUCUGAAACAUGGAUGAACAAAAUUGCUCUGCUUAACUGAUGAUGCAAAAUCUAUUUUUCUAUGGUGAAGAUGAUCGAAUAACACACACAAAAUGUAAGUGUACAGGUAAAUCUUACCCAAUUUCAUUUUCAGGAAUAUAACCAUACAUAAGGUAUAUUGUGAAUCAGAAAAAGAAAUGUUUAUAAGAAAAAAAAGAAUCACUCCUGGACAAAAACACUGUACAGCAGAUCAUCAAAACUGUGUAGGACUAUUUUCUGCUGUAGUCUGUAAGUAAGUAUUUAUUGAUAUAAUCUGCCAUGUCUUUUCAAAACUUUUGAUUCUACAUCAAUAUUACCUGUGUCAUCAUACUCCAUGAUCCUCUGGAAAGGCUUAUGUUUGUAGUUUCAUUUACUGUAGCUCUGCAUUGUAAAAGUGGCUUUUUUUGAAAGUGGCACACCCCCAAAUGUUCAAAAACAGACUGCGUCAUUUGAAGAAGAUGAAAAAAAAAAAAGUGUCUUUGUAUGCUUUCUGCACUUUUUGGAAUUGGAAGGCGAGUUAGCCUUCACUGAGCUCUCAUAAAGGAGAUUAUUAUAUUAAAAAUGAAUAUGAGUAUUCAUUCUUAAUAUGUAGAAUUGAUAUGUUAUCAAGACAAAAAUUCAGAAAUGAUAUUUGAAGUAUGAAUUAUGUUGUGUAAUACUGAUAUUUUAAUCAAUGUAACACCUAUUUUUAUACAAAGCAUUGGCAGAUUCUCUAUUACUUAUCGGUUUCUUUUUUUUUUUUCUUUCUUUUGAUUGCUUUGCACUUAUUGCACUAUAUUGACCAAACUAUGUUAUUGUCAUCAAAUAAACAUGAUGUCAGGUUCAUAUAAUGUGCUUAUGAGGAAAACUCAAGCUGUUGGCUGGUGAUAUGAAGGAAGGGGUUUUGGUCCAAUUGGAGAAAUGAUUUUUAUUUUGUAAUCAAAUCACAAUACAUUGGCUGACAAGAA